AUGAUGGCUCAAGUCGCGGACAGUGGGACGGUCUCAGAAGCAUGCGUAGUGGCCAACGAAGUGAAGCAGAGCUGCGUCCUCGAUCUCACCCUCUUCAGCCUCAUGUUUUCUGCCAUACUGAUGAACGCCUACCGCGACGAGCGCACCGGGACCCGCAUCCCCUACGCAACCGAUGUUCAUCUCAAUAGCCGGCGUAGGCGUCUCUCCACGCCUACUGCCUACGAUACCCUCUUCGCGGACGACUGCGUGCCCAACACCGCGACAGAAGCUGACAUGUAUCGCGGCGGCUAA